CUUAAAUCUCACCUGGUAAUAAAGCAUCCUAGCAACAUGUCUGGUGGAGACAACAGAAGGGCAGGGAGGGGCUGCCUAAAAGAAGUGAUACAGUUUGCUGCAUAUUAACAUAUAAAACAUAGGGGACAAACUUUACUAUCAUUCUAGAAACCGAACAAUUUCCAGCAAGAUUUCUACCUUGGCUCCUCUCCCGGGGUAAACAGCUUGAACUUUCACUGGCCCUGGGAUUUCCUAGGCAACGGGAGUGUAAACUUGAGAAAAAAUGGCGGGGACAGCACGCCAUGACCGAGAGAUGGCAAUUCAAGCCAAGAAAAAGCUCACCACGGCCACUGAUCCCAUCGAAAGACUCCGACUGCAAUGCCUGGCCAGGGGUUCGGCUGGCAUCAAAGGACUUGGCAGAGCAUUUCGGAUUAUGGAUGACAAUAAUAACCGAACCCUUGAUUUCAAAGAGUUUGUGAAAGGGUUAAAUGAUUAUGCUGUGGUCAUGGAAAAGGAAGAGAUAGAAGAGCUUUUCCGGAGGUUUGAUAAAGAUGGAAAUGGCGUGAUAGACUUCAAUGAAUUUCUUCUCACUUUAAGACCUCCAAUGUCUAGAGCCAGAAAAGAGGUCAUCAUGCAAGCUUUUAGAAAGUUAGACAAGACGGGAGAUGGCGUUAUAACCAUUGAAGACCUUCGUGAAGUAUAUAAUGCAAAACAUCACCCCAAGUACCAAAAUGGAGAAUGGUCAGAGGAACAAGUAUUCAGGAAAUUUCUGGACAACUUUGAUUCUCCUUAUGAGAAAGAUGGAUUGGCUGAGAGAUUGUGGAGGUCGGCGAAAGAAGGCUGUUUUAAAUUCUGUGGGGCCAUCACAUCUUUGGGGACAGAAGUAACAGAGUUGCAUGUUUUGCUCCAGUGUUGCUGUGCCUUUGAUCUCUGAGAUGUCAGGGGAAAAAUAGCCAACUGCCGUUUCCCCAAAUUCACCCAACUGUCUGUGGAUCCCAGGGUGUCUUGUCGUGCUUUCUGCAGGUGGUUCCUCCUCGUCGUCAUGGGAAACCUCAGCUGCCUCUUUCCCUAACGCAGCUCAAGGCAGCUACUUGUGAUUCAGCUGAUUCAAGUCUCCACCCCUCCCUGUGUGACAUCUAAUCAACCGCUUGAAGCUCCCCAGGACUCAUAGACAUCAUUGAAUUAAGAGCAGUUCCAGCAUGUGAUGUCACCUGAACAUUACAGUCCCUGCAACAAAACCUAAGUCUGAUUGUUUGAGAUCAUGGUGGAGAGAGAGGAAUAUAUUAAUAAUGCAGAUUUCUGAUUGUACUACAGAAACAUAUAGUCAGUCUUUGGGGGUUGGAGACCAGAAUUUACGUAUUAAGUGUGUUAAGUGUCUCCUAUACAUAUUUAUAUGUGAGACUCUGAAGAAUCAGACUUGAGUUCUUAAUUAUUGAGUAUAAGGUGCACAUGAGCCUCAAUUAGCAUGCUAUUGAAUCUGGGCAGCAUUUGCUGAGCAUUUAUCAACUGGACAUCACACUACAGAGAUCUUUAUGCAACAUAAUAAAAAUGUCUAUUUUUGUGCAAGUCAAAGUUUCAUACAUUGAAUCAUAUCCUAAAUGCACGAGGAAUUGUUGAUGCAGUGAAAAUUUGUGGUAAUUUUUUAAAUAAAGAGUAUAAUUAGGCCAUCAUAUUUUGAUUAUUGUAUUUACAGACCAUGGAUGAGCAACCUAAACUAUAUAUUAAGCCCAGUGCUUUUAAUUGGUUUUGAGAGAGGUGCAAGGGAGAGAAAUAUGGAUCCUCUACCUUUGUUUUUUUCUGUUCACAUAAUUUCAACAACAACAAAGCAGCCAAAAAAUAGAUCCACCAGGUUCUAUGAUUCUUAGAAGCAUCAGGCAUACCCCCGAAGAUAUGGUAAGAAGAGAUUGUUGUUAUGAACUAGCAAGAGGUUUUGAAUUACCUAUGGAUUUCCCGUCUUGUGAUGGUUUUAAUCCCUCUUGAACACUGAAAAUUGAGGGCUAGCUAGAGAACAAUGAAUUUCCCAAACAGUUGUCAUUAGUGUGUGCCCUCCCAUCUAAGCAGAUUCUUGGACAGGGAC